AUGCUCAUCAUCGACCUUGUCGACCAGGAGGAUUCCCUCCUGGUCAACGAGGUUGUACAGGUCAACGAGGUUGUACAACCUCGCCAGCCAGGAGGGAAUCUGGUCGACGAGGUUGUAAAACCUCGCCGGCCAGGAAAUAAUCUGAUCGACGAGGCUGUAAAACCUUGCCGGCCAGGAAAUAAUCUGGUUGACGAGGUUGUAAAACCUCUCCGGCCAGGAAAUAAUCUGGUUGACGAGGUUGUAAAACCUCGCCGGCCAGGAAAUAAUCUGGUCGACGAGGUUGUACAACCUCGCCGGCCAGGAGGGAAUCUGGUCGACAAGGUUUUAAAACCUCACCGGCCAGGAAAUAAUCUGGUCGACAAGGUUGUACAACCUUCGGUGGAUCUCUGGCGUGUGCAGGGACACGCCAGGAUCCGCAAGGCGUGUGCGCCCACAUGCCAAAAGAAAUUGGCGUGUGGGCGUGCGUGUGCGAGGGGGGAGGGUGUGUGGUUAUCAACCCCCAACCCGGCCCAAACCCGGUUGGGUUCGGGCGGCCCGUUGGACACCCAGCCCAAUUAG